AGCCGGACACGCUCAUUUCGUGCGCACCCAGAUGAUGAGCGCAGGGGCCAUGGUGGUGGGUUGACGACCGGCGACCUUGUUCCCAGUUUGUAAGCGUUACCCCCGCCGGCGGUGCGCGCGGCACGCUCCCCCUCUCCUCCCGCCUCCCCCCCCCUCGCCGUGUCCCGCGUGAGGAAGGAUGUCCGUGAACGAGGUGCACGUGAUCCGGCCCUUCAAGCUGAUCGCUCUGCUGUGCGUCUUCCUGGCGCUCGGUCUGGACGCGGUGGCUCUGCUGAGCCCAGCGUGGGUCACCGCGGAGCACUUCUCCCUGUCCCUGUGGGAGUCCUGCUCCCGGUCCGAGGCUGCGUGGAGCUGCUUCUCCACCCUCUCAUCUGACUGGCAGAUCGCCACCCUGGUGCUGCUGGGGGCCGGCGCCGCCGCGACCCUCCUGGCCUUCCUGGUGGCCCUGAUUUCCCUCUGCAGGGGGACGCAGAGGCGCCACUACCGCACCGUGGCCGUGCUGCUCUUCACCGCAGUCGUUCUGCAGUCCUGCGCUCUGGUGCUCUACCCGAUCAAGUUCAUCGACGGGACCGUCCUCCAGACCUACCACGAGUUCAACUGGGGCUACGGGCUCGGCUGGGGGGCCACCAUCUUCAUGCUGGGCGGCGGGAUCCUCUUCUGCCUGCGCACGGACACCUACGAGGACGCCAUGUACUGAGGGCCUCCCCUCGAGCCGCCGGGAGAACACACACACACACACACCCAUACAGGAGGUGUGCUACUUGUGCCACCUACCUCUCUCUCUCUCUUGCUCUCUUUGUUAUUUUUAGAAAGGCCGUGAAGGCCCAAAUUAGGCCAGGCGGUUACGAACAGGACGCCCAGAGCCCCCCCCCCCCCCCCCGAUGCCCCCCCCCCCUCUUUCCACCCCUCCUGCCCCCGCCGGCGGCGGCGAAGCACAGAGAGCUUUCUGGAGGUGCUGGAGGUUUCCAGCGCACGCUGACCUGGAUCUCCUGUUGUCAGAGGAGCGGGACAGUGGAGCACAGACCUGAACUGUUUUGAAGGGAUGGGCUGAUCCGCCACGUUUAUUCUUCUUCUCUUGGUAGCCUUUCACGAAGGACGAGCUCGUUGUUGGCGUAUUUAUGGCACACACUUUGUUGAGGAAGCUGAACUUGUGUGUUCUGGCUGAAACAUACCUAGUGAUGCUUUUCUUUCUGAUAUUAGAAUUAGAGGUUCUAUAUAUGCUAGAGAUCCUGAGUGUUUAGAGCUUGUCCGCAAACUAAAGUAAAAAUGUAAAUGUGUACAAGGAAUUUCAACAUGAAGGAUAAUCCAGAAUAAACAAUUGUCGCUUUGAGAGUAUUAGGAGUUUUAAACAUAGUUUUCAAUAGGAAUACGCUUUGACCCCAUCGGCUCACAAACUGACCUCUCAGUGAAGUCACAAGACUGCCAACUUUUCCUAUUUUUUGGGGGGGAACCAAACGGCAAUUCCUCUGAGGAAACCACCCCAGGCUAUUUAAAGUUGUUAGCUUGCAGCUCGUAGAUGUGUGAACAUAGUAAAGCAAACUCUUUAGAAAGAGUUUAGCAGCUGGUUAAAUAUUCUCUGUAAGGGAAACUACUGCACAUUAACCCCCCCCCCCCCCCCCCUUCCCCCCUCCACGUCGCACGUCGUUUACCCCUCAAUCAGCCGCAAAGAGACAGGAAGUACUCUGCUGCGUCGGCCCGACACCUGGCUCCUGUGAACAGUUGCACGUGAUUGGCUGAGGGUGUGAGCUGCCGGGUCACUGGUUGUCUUAUUAUAGCGGUCGACCUCGUGGGAAUCUUUCACAUGUGACUCGCAGGUUAAAGGUUGGAGGGAGAACAUCACAGAGUGUCUCCAACAUUAACCUUGAUGCUUGUCUGAUUCUGUGCAUUUUCAACCUCAACUACUCAACUAUAUUGUAGGAGAACAUUUUCUCUCUUGUAAAGGACACAGUACCAAUAGUAUAGUAGGUGAUGCACAUAAUAUGCAAAUGAAUUUCCCAGAACUGCUUUUAUUUGCAAGUAGGAAUGUUUUAGAGUUCCCUCACUUAUUUGUGAUUUGAAUAUGUGAAACACAUACAUUCUCAGCACCACCACCACACAGUUUCUGCUAUUAUUGCAUAACUAUAACUAUCAAUAUGCAAAGAAAUGUUCAAACACAGAAGAGACAGUUUCUUAUUCCCCUGACAUCUUGUUUUCUUUUUAGGGAAGGAUUUAGUAGCUUCUAAUUUUUUUAAAAGUAUGCAAUGCCAUGGUGGACCCACCCACAUGAUUGAGUCUGACAUCUUCCUCCCCCUAAUGGGCAAAGCUGAGAAUAGCUUUCUGGGUACUCAAGCCGUCAGGAACAGAAAAAUAGCAAAAUAGUGGUGAUUCUGGGUCUCAACUGAGGGGGGAUAUCAAUAUGUAGCAUGUCAAUCUAAAAAUGUUGAUUUUGAUUCUUUUCUGUAUGUUCUAUAAAAACUGAAGAAGUAAAAAAAUACAUUGUAUAAAACAUG